AUGUCGCCCAACUCACCUCAUUCUCCCCCUCGCCAUGUCAAUUCUCUUGCAAUGUACCAGUCUACACCACUGAAAUUUAAAGCAUCAGGCUACAAGGCCCACAAGAUUGAGACUGCUGGUUUUCAAGAGAACAGAAAGGCUAUGUGCAAAGAAAUGACCGGAUUCUGGGUCGGCCCGUGCGAGGUCGACAAGUUCUUCGAGCUUACGAUGCCCAUCGCUGCGGAUACGCAAGAGACGCUUCCGAAUAUUAGGACCGACUUUUUCUCUGGACUCAAGCCAAGCAAGGAAAAAGAUUUAUAUCCAAGGCUUGUGGAAUUUUGUGGAGAAGAUAACGAGAAUUUCCCUGAAAUCAAGCUAGUCGACACCUCAGCCCACCCUGAUCCGGAUUCCAAACCUGGCGCCAAAGUCAGGCCAGAUGUCUCCGGAUACGAUAACAACCUUGAGAUUGACGAAAAUGCGCCUACACGACUCGGAGAUGCCCAAUUUGGUGUCGAGGUCAAGGACACUCAAGUCGAGCCCUUUCAUGACGGCGAUAGGAACCUCGAAACAAUCGACGGUGCUCCUUUCGAGACUAGUACGGACAUAGGAAAGCAGACUCGCGGUCAACUAGUCACAUAUGCGGUCGAAUUUUGCGGUCGCCAACAUCGAACCCAUCUCUUCCUCGUAUACAUUUACUUCCCCUUCGCACGCCUCAUACGGUUUGAUCGAUCUGGCGCCCUCGUCUCAAAACGUUUCAAUUUUACCAAGGAUUGUACUCCGCUGAUUCGCUUCUUCCAUCGGUUCUCGAAGAUGACCCUCGCUGAAAGAGGAUACGACCCAACUGUGCGCGUAGCCAGCAAGAAGGAGUACGCUUAUGCUCGUGCUCUUCUCAACGAUUGGGCCCCGCAACACGAACGUCCUGUCUUCAAGAUGGAUGUUCACGACAGCAAAACGAAUCGCAUUCACCAGUUUCUUGUUUGGGGUUCCCUGGCUGAUCCAGAGUCUCCGCUGGGCCGAGCGACCCGCGGUUAUCCAGCGGUCGAAGUGACGAACGGGUUGCUCCCAGGCGCUCAACCAAUGUUUCUCAAGGAGCAAUGGCGUUCGACGGCUCUUGGUCAAGAGAUUGAUACCCUCCGAGAACUGAACAAGGAAGGAGUUCCUUACGUCCCGACUCUCGUAUGCGGAGGAGACCUUCCUGGUCAGACAACGAGGACGCAGGACUACGUCAGUGAGAUUGAGAGAAGAGGAGACAAGCCCAUCGACUGUCGUGUGCACGUCCGCUUCGUGGUCUCAGAGGUUGGCUUCCCGAUCGAGCGCUUCUCCUCGUCCAAGCAGCUUGUCCAAGUGGUGUAUCACGCAUUCCAAGCGCACAAGGUGGCGUACACGAAGUGUCAGCUGCUCCAUCGUGAUGUCAGCGGCGGGAACAUUUUGAUCCAAAGGAAUGGCAAUGGCUUAUUGAGCGACUGGGAUAUGGCGGUGAAAGAAGAGGACAUUCAGAACGGGCCGAGAGCCCACGAACGGACUGGAACCUGGGCAUUCAUGUCCAUUGCUCUGCUAGAACACCCGACACGGCGACACAGAGUCGACGAUGAUCUUGAAUCACUCUUCUGGGUAGUGCUAUACUAUAGCCUCGUCUACCUCCCCCAUAACAAACUCAGCAAACUUCCGAAGCUCGUCCGGCACAUCUUCGAACAAUACGAAGAUGAUGAUGACGACGAGGAGGUGCUAGGCGGGGCAGGGAAAUCACAAGCUGUACUGAAAGGCAAGUAUGUUGGACGCCAUGCGAACCCUCCUCUACGCUUCGCGGAAUGUGAACCGCUUACGGCCUUCGUGGCGAAGGUGCUGUCAUUGUUGAAGCGGGGUGGACUUGCUAUAAUUAGUGAAGACUCGGAAGACGAACCCUCUGAUCCUCAACUAAUGUACAAGGACAUGGAGCCUAUCUGGCAGGCAGCCCUGGAUUCCUCCGCCUGGCCGACAAACGACAGAGCCAAGAACCAACUUUCGAAGAAAAGGGGAGCCCCUGACGAUGAGCAAGAAGAUGAUAGUGAAAAACGAAAAUCCAAGAAAGCGAAGACAUGGAACGCUUGA